AUGGCGGAUCUACUGAGGGGCUGGGGCUGCAGAGAGCUGCUCCUGCUCUUUCUGUUCGUGGGGACGCAGCUGGGAGCCAGGGCCGGGCAGAUCCGCUACUCAGUGAGGGAGGAGCUGGACAGAGGCUCCUUCGUGGGCACCAUCGCCAAGGAUCUCGGGCUGGAGCCUCAGGAACUGGCAGAGCGGGGAGUCCGGAUCAUCUCGAGAGGUAAGAAGCAGCUUUUUGCUCUAAACUCGGGAAGCGGCAGCUUGGUCACUGCGGGCAGGAUAGACCGGGAGGAGCUCUGCGCUCAGACGGCGCGGUGUUUGGUGAGUCUGAACAUCUUGGUUGAGAAUAAAAUGAAAAUUUAUGGAGUGGAAGUAGAAAUUAUCGAUAUUAAUGAUAACUCCCCACUUUUUCGUGAUGAGGAAGUAAAGGUAAAGGUUAAUGAAAAUGCAGCCACAGGGACACGGUUAGUGCUUCCCUUCGCUAGAGAUGCAGAUGUGGGCGUGAACUCCCUCCAGAGUUACCAGCUCAGCUCCAAUAUACACUUCUCUCUGGAUGAGAAAAGCGGAAGUGAUGGACAGAAAUACCCGGAGCUGGUACUGGAACAGCCCUUGGACCGAGAGAAAGUGCCUGUUCACAACCUCCUCCUCACAGCUCUAGAUGGCGGAGACCCCGUACUCUCUAGCACUACGCACAUCUGUGUGAUGGUCCUCGACGCGAACGAUAACGCGCCCCAAUUCACUCGAUCAGAGUACAGAGUGAGUGUUCCGGAGAAUAUACCUGUAGGCACUCGGUUGCUCACAAUAACCGCAACGGAUCCAGAUGAGGGAAUAAAUGGAAAAUUGACCUACUCUUUUCGGAAUGAAGAAGACAAAAUUUCACAGACUUUCCAUCUCGAUUCCAACCUGGGUGAAAUUUCAACAGUGCAAUCACUGGAUUAUGAGGACUCUAGAUUCUACCUCAUGGAAGUGGUAGCUCAGGAUGGAGGUGCUCUUCUUGCCAGUGCUAAGGUGGUGGUCACAGUACAGGAUGUGAAUGACAAUGUCCCGGAAAUGAUCCUUACUUCUCUCACCAGUUCAGUCUCUGAAGAUAGUCUUCCCGGAACAGUAAUCGUGCUGUUUAGCGUACAUGAUGGUGAUUCUGGAGAGAAUGGGGAGACUGCAUGUUCUAUCUCCAGGAACUUGCCCUUUAAAUUGGAAAAGUCAGUAGAUAAUUACUAUCACUUACUGACAACGAGAACUCUGGACAGAGAAGAGAUCUCAGAUUAUAACAUCACAAUAACUGUCACUGACCAAGGAAACCCACCCCUGUCUACAGAAAACCACAUCUCCCUGAAAGUGGCAGACAUCAAUGACAAUCCUCCCAUCUUCCCUCAUACCUCAUAUUCCACCUACAUCCCAGAAAACAAUCCCAGAGGCAUCUCAAUCUUUUCUGUGAAUGCCCAUGACCCUGACAGUGGCUACAAUGCCCAGGUCACUUAUUCUCUGGCAAAGGACACGUUUCAGGGAACACCUCUCUCCUCCUAUGUCUCCAUCAACUCUGACACAGGAGUCCUGUAUGCUCUUCGAUCUUUCGACUAUGAGGAGGUUAGAGACCUGCAACUACUGGUGACAGCCAGUGACAGUGGGGAUCCUCCACUCAGCAGUAAUGUGUCUCUAAGCUUGUUUGUGCUGGAUCAGAAUGACAAUGCACCUGAAAUCCUCUACCCCACCCUCCCCACAGAUGGUUCCACUGGUGUGGAACUGGCGCCCCGCUCUGCAGAACCAGGCUACCUGGUAACUAAGGUGGUGGCAGUGGACAGAGACUCAGGCCAGAACGCCUGGCUGUCCUACCGCCUGCUCAAGGCCAGCGAGCCAGGGCUCUUUGUGGUGGGGCUGCACACGGGCGAGGUGCGCACUGCGCGUGCCCUGCUGGACAGAGAUGCGCUCAAGCAGAGCCUGGUGGUGGCUGUUCAGGACCGCGGCCAGCCCCCUCUGUCGGCCACCGUCACGCUCACGGUAGCUGUGGCUGACAGCAUCCCAGACGUUCUGGAAGAGUUGAGCAAUCUGGAGCCCUCCGCCAAUCCUGAUGACUCCAGCCUCACGCUGUACCUAGUGGUGGCGGUGACUGUGGUCUCCUGCGUCUUCCUCGCCUUUGUCAUUGUGCUGCUGGCACUCAGGCUCAGGCGCUGGCAUAAGUCGAGUCUGCUCCAGGCUUCAGGAGCGGGUUUGGCAGGUGUGCCCGCCUCGCACUUUGUGGGCGUGGACGGGGUGCGGGCGUUCCUGCAGACCUAUUCCCACGAGGUCUCCCUCACCGCGGACUCUCGGAAGAGUCACCUGAUCUUCCCGCAGCCCAACUAUGCAGACACGCUCAUCAGCCAGGACAGCUGUGAGAAAAGCGAGCCGCUUUUGAUAUCUGAGAAGAAAAAUGCAAACGAAGAACUAGAAGUUGUUCAGUUUAAAACCUCCGAAGAUUUAGAGACUGCUGCACCUUUUGAAUUCAAAUAUGCCACACACCCGGCGUCUUCUGGUUACAGGAAACCCUUUCACUUCUAA